AUGGAUCCUAAGCGGAUCUUUGAAUCACGAUUACUUGAUUCAUUAAUCAAUGAGGUGGUGGUUUCAGUAGCACUAGAGGUGCAUAGCAGGGCGAAGCGUGCAAAGAUGGAUUGUCCUAAAUGUGACAAGCCCGAGCCGGCGCAUGACGUCAGUGAUCCAGCAUCCCUGGUGCAUGGGACAAAAACAGAUUAUUACUCCAACAACCCAUUGUUUGAGUGUCUCGUCUGCUCAAGACAGGUUUCUUCAAACAGGUAUGCAACACAUUUAGAAAAGUGUAUGGGAAUUGGAAGCAAAUCGCUACGCAAAGGCUCAGCACGUAAUGCCAAGACAGCCUCGACGGCCGUGACACAGCGUUUACUGAAUACGAACUCACGCUCUGCUUCACCUGCUUCGUCCACAACUUCUACACAGCGGAAACAGGGCGCUUCGCCAGCGCCGGCAGCAUCUAAGGACAAAGCCAAAAAGACGGAAUCACCCGGUCCUCUUGCCAAGCAGAUUGGGAACACGUCUGGUGCGCAGGCGCCCAAAUCUGAGGUCGCAAAACGGGUCGACACCCUUAUACCACCCAAACCAAGUGUGUCGACGCCUCAGACCGACUCAGGGUCCGCACCAGGGCAGCAUGAUGAUGACAUGUUAGAUGAGGCGGAUUUUCCUUCCUUCUCACUAUCUUCCGAUACAGAAGAUUCUGGCGGUGCAUCAGAUGCCGAAGAGGUUACAGCCGCGCAAGCGGCUUUGGAUGACAACGUCGAGGACAUCGAGUUUGAUUUGGACGAAGAAGAUGGAAGCGAUAACAACGAUGUCGAAGUGGACGUUAUUGGCGUGAUCGAGUCAGAUGCGGGAGUGGACGACGACGAUGAUGAUGAUGACGACGACGAUAUUGGUGUUUAA